AUGGGAAGUUGCUGUUCUCAUAGUGAAAAUAGGGAGAGUAACCAUCAUGGAGGCCAAGAGUAAUAGAGAAUGCCUAGGGCCAUUGGUAGAUAGUAAUAGAAUGGGAAUGCAAUUUAGGAUGUUAAUGAAUAAUAUAAAAUAUAUUUUGAUAUUUUGGAAUAACAAGUUAGUGGUAAGGGUUUAAAGAGAACCUAAGCAUAUAAAAGCCAUAUUGAUAUUGGCUAGAUCGAAAAGUUGAGGAAUGUUUUUUGGGAAACCAGAGUUGAGGGAAAACAAGAGAUUUGGUAGAUCUUAAGGUCGAUCAUAAAUGAAGAUGAGGAAACUGCUCGUUUACUAGUACAGGAGGCUGAAUUGAAACCAAUCAAAGAUUCCUUAUAACAUGUAUAUGAUAAAUUGGGACAAAAAUACGAUGUACCAAUAUUUUGCAUAAAUGAUCCAAUAGAGUACUCAAAUGAGAAGUUUGAGGACAGAGGUUUAAUUUAAAAUUACGGUAAUGAUUCCGUAAAAUUAACGAUUCGCAGUGUCAAUUUGAAUGGUAAGGAUAUUGUGGUAGAAUGCAAGCAGAAUUAGAGUGUAGUAGAUUUGAAAGAAAUAAUAAGUGUUGAGUUGCAGAAGGGACAUUAAAUUUAAUUGGAAUCCAUGAAACUGUUUUACAGAGGAAAAGAAAUGUAAGAUAAUUAUCAAGUUGGAAGAUACAAUUUAAAUAAAGAAGCUAUAGUUAUAGCUUAUCUGAAAAUACUCCAAAAGGGAUGAUUAAAUAUAACAUUUAUAAUCAAUAUAUCAUAAAAUGUAUUGUAUGAAAA